AUGGCACUGAAACUCUUUUUAGAAAGAGGAGGAGGAGAACCUCACUGUUGCAUUCCAUCAGCCUGCUACACAGCAGGAGAUGGUUCUCAGCUUAACAGAACAGAGGUAAGCAAUCAUUCUGGAGCUAAUAACCGUGACUCGGAAGAGUCCGCAGUAGUUCACACAAAAAGUGAACACAAAAGUUGGUAUCAGAUAGACCAGCCUAUAGAAAGGGUCAUCCGGCUUCUGAAGAUCAAGGGUAGAAUGGGAGAUGAGCGGAAGGAGGUAGAAAUUACACAAACACCAAGAGAAGACUAUAUUGAUGAAUGUGCUGAAAAUGUUUGUGCUCAGCUCUGUGUAAACUCUCCAGGAAGUUACAGCUGCUAUUGUGAUGGCAAGAAAGGGUUCAAGCUCUCUAAGGACAUGAAGAAUUGUGAGUCUGUUACUGCGUGUAUCCCACUGAACCUUGAAAAGAAUUAUGAACUGCUUUACCUGGCAGAGCAAUUUAUAGGAAUUCCUGUUCUGUACUUAAAGUUUAAAUUACCGAAUGUGACAAGAUUUACAGCAGAAUUUGAUUUCCGGACAUAUGAUGCAGAGGGAGUUAUACUAUAUGCAGAGUCCCUUGACAAUACAGCAUGGAUCUUGCUUGCUCUUCGUGAUGGGAAGAUUGAAAUUCAAUUCAAGAAUGAAUUUGGAACAAAAGUCACCAGUGGAGGCAAAGCCAUUAAUGAUGGACUGUGGCAUAUAAUAUCAGUUGAAGAACUAGAACACAGCAUCAGUGUAAAAAUAGCUAAAGAAGCCGUGAUGAGUAUUAACAGCCCAGGAACUCUUUUUAAACAAUCACAGGGUUUCUUGGAAACUAAAGUGUACAUUGCAGGAUUACCUCGCAAAGUGGGCAAUACUCUUGUUAAACAGAUUAACCCUCGGCUGGAUGGGUGCAUUCGUGCCUGGAACCUGAUGAAUCAGGGACAUUCAGGUGUAAAAGAAGUUAUUCAAGAAAAACAAAGCAAACACUGUUUAGUAGCAGUGGGGAGAGGAUCCUUCUACCCUGGCACUGGAAUGGCAGAGUUUCAGAUAAACUAUAAUAAUCUUGACAGUGCUGAAGAUUGGCUAAUAAACGUGACUAUGACUAUUCGCCCAUCCACAGACACUGGUGUUAUGUUUGCCUUGGUUUCUAAUGAAACAGUGCCUCUUGCUUUGUCCAUAGUGGACUCUAACUCCUCUGACUCACAGAAAAUCAUUGCGACCAUUGGAAACAUCACUGUUGCACAUCUGGAAUCAAAAAAGUUAUGUACACCCAGAAAAGUGCUGGUUGGACUUCUGGUAACCAAACAGCAGCUUGAGCUGUCUGUCGAUUCACACACAGACAGAAGCGAUUCAGAGCAACUGUCUAUCCUGCAUCAAGCAAUGAUGGCAAAUGUUGUUACCUACUUGGGCGGCCUGCCAGAUGUUCCUCUGGGUGCUACGUUAGUAACUGCUUUUUAUAACGGCUGCAUGGAGGUGAAGGUCAACAACAGACAGCUGGAUCUGGAUGAAGCCAUUUCUAAACACAAUGACAUUAGAUCUCACUCGUGCCCACUGAUUAUGCAGUAACCAUUCAAUUCUUAAUUUAACGUUUUUCUUUCAGAUAUAAUUUGUGUAAUUAGUCUCAUACCAUAAUGAAGCCUGUAUUACUUUAUUCAAAGUGUGCCAGGAAAAUAAUCAAUGGCGUGUUUUCCCCCAUUCUAUAUAAAAUGGGGGGAAAAAACUCCCCUCUCUUUUCAGCUGUAAAGAGACAAUCAAGAUCAAAAUUCUUACAAUGUCCUCUUAUUCAUAUCAGUGAUAAAUCUUAAAGCUAGAUUUAUCUUCC